AGCGAAUAACCAUAAAAUAGAACCCAAGCCACCAUUUGGAAGGAAACAUCCUGCAUACUGAUACGAGAGCCUUCAACGCCGAGGUACAAUGUCGUCGAGGCGACCAAUCUAUAUCAACUCCGCCGCCGCAACGGAGCGCUGUGAGGGGUCACAAGCGGGGGCCGUCACAAAAUUCCAUCAGUCACUGCCCAAUUAUGCUCCGACUCCAUUGGUUCACCUGCCAGAGCUUGCAGCUGACCUGGGUGUUCGAGCAGUGUUCGUCAAAGAUGAAAGUGAUCGCUUCGGCCUGCCCUCUUUCAAGGUUCUGGGCGCAUCGUGGGGGUGUUUCCGUGCCGUUGCACAGCAUCUUGAAUUGCCACGAACUGCAUCUCUGGAUGAAGUUUCCACGGGUGCAAAAGCGAGUGCGAUUACUCUCGUCGCAGCGACGGAAGGAAAUCAUGGCAGAGCCGUGGCGUUCAUGGCCCGGCUUUUGGGGAUCGAUGCGCAAAUCUUCGUUCCACGGUCAAUGGACGAGCGUACUCGCGGCUUCAUUGCGGGAGAAGGUGCGAGGGUUGUGGUAUCACCGGGAUCCUAUGAUCAAGCAGUAUAUGAGGCAUCGGACAGGGCAAACCAGCUCCCUGGUGCUCUCUUGAUUCAGGACACUGCAUUCGAAGGAUACGAGAGUGUUCCUGCUUGGAUUGUGGAGGGAUAUUCGACCAUGAUGAAUGAGGCUGAGCAACAGGUCGCCAAACUCGGCCUCACUACCACUGUUAUGGUCACUCCAGUUGGAGUCGGCAGUUUUGCACAUGCAGUGGUUCGACACUGCAAAUCCAGAAAGACCCCGGUAUCGGUCGUCGCUGUUGAGCCGGACUCUGCUCCUUGUUUGUUCAAGAGUUUACAUGCUGGAAAGUCAGUCAGCGUGGAGACGUCCUCCACAAUCAUGGACGGGAUGAACUGUGGCACUGUGUCGACGACCGCAUGGCCGGAUCUACAGCGGCUUGUCGAUGCGUGCGUCACGGUCUCGUCUUAUGAGAGUCAUGCCGCUGUCCAGCUGCUGACCUCCAAGUCAGUUCCAGCUGGCCCAUGUGGCGGCGCAUCUUUGGCUGCACUGCGUCGGCUAGGUACAGAAACCAGCCACUCUUCCCUUCUGCACAAGGACUCCGUCGUUGUCCUUCUUAGUACCGAAGGUGCACGCGAAUACUCUCUCCCACGCGAUGUUUCCGUGGAAGAUGUGGUAGGCUUGACCCAAACGCUCACCCAGAUCAACUCCUCCAAUCCCACAUUGUCCGUCAGCGAUGGAGUCGGCGAGCGUGAGAUUGCAGAUUACCUUUCUGCAUGGUUUGCCCACCGCGACAUCGAAUUCCAUCGUGUAGAGCCAGUCGCUGGUCGGCCAUCCAUCGUUGGUGUCCUUCGGGGGACUGGCGGGGGAAAAUCUCUCAUGUUCAAUGGACAUAUUGACACAGUCAGCUUGGCUAGUUAUGAAGCAGAUCCUCUCUCUGGAGCAUUGGGCUCGAAAGACGGUAAAGAUGUUGUCUUCGGUAGAGGCAGCUUGGAUAUGAAGGGUGGGGUGGCAGCUGCACUGGCAGCAAUGUCGUCUAUUAAAGCCAGCGGUAGAAUUCCGCGAGGCGAUAUUAUCGUCGCUGCGGUGUCCGAUGAGGAAGAUGCUUCUCAAGGGACUCAGGACAUCUUGGCUGCUGGCUGGAGAGCCGAUGCAGCAGUUGUCGCUGAGCCAACAAUGAACGCCAUCGCGACUGCGCACAAAGGCUUCGUAUGGAUCGAAAUCGAUAUUCUGGGUGUUGCUGCUCACGGAUCCGACCCUUCUGCGGGAGUCGAUGCCAUUCUACACGCUGGAUGGUUAUUGCGAGCUCUUGACCAGUAUCAAGCUAAGCUACCGGUGGAUGACCUUCUCGGGCGAGCAUCAAUGCAUUGCGGUCUGAUUCGCGGCGGCGAAGAGCCGUCUUCCUACCCUGGAAAAUGCACGGUUACCGUCGAGUUCCGAACUGUCCCUGCUCAGUCAGAGGAGUCUAUCCUCGGCGAUAUAUCUGCAAUGCUUGGAGACAUCACCAAGGAGAACCCUCGCUUCCAAUACGCCGAUCCUCGCAUCGCCAUGUCCCGGCCUACUCAGAAGCUCGCGACAGAUCAUCCUCUCGUUGAAAAAGCGAUUGAAUGUGGCACUGCAAUCUUUGGAAGUAAGCCCGUUGUGCAAAGUGUACCAUUCUGGUGUGAUGCAGCCCUUUUGGGCCAAGCUGGCAUCCCAUCAAUCAUUUUUGGCCCCGCGGGUGCAGGCUUGCAUAGCAAGGAAGAGUGGGUGGAGGUACAAAGCUUGGAGGAAAUGGCGAAAGUCUUCACUCGGCUGGCACUCGAUUACUGUCAUUAA